UGCUUUGUGUUCCCCUUUGCUGCUAACCAAUCCAUUGACUUGCAUCCAUAUUCUGCUCCUCCCAUUUCAACUUUUGCUAUAAAACCCCUCGGCCUCCGUCCAUCCAUUUGCACCUCAAAUCUCAAAGUCACACAACCAAGCCGAGAACCGCCGCGAGCAGCAGCCAGGGCCGCGCCUUUCCCCGUCCUUCUCCGGCGCCGACCAUGGCCGUCGACUUCGUGGGACGCGGCUACGCCCCACGUGGCCUCGCCCUCGCGGGCGGGGAGCAGCAGCUGGCCUUCCACGAGGCCGCCGCGGCGGGGCUCAGCAGCCUCGAGCUCCUCGUCGCGUCGCUCUCCCCCCGCGCCGACUGCGCGCCGCCGCCGCUCGGGGAGAUCGCCGACCAAGCGUUAUCGGGGUUCCGCCGGGUCAUCGACAUCCUCGGCCGCAGCGGCCACGCCCGCUUCCGCCGCGGCCCUGUUGGAGGAGGCGCCGCCUCGUUGACUCCCCCUCCUGUCUCUUCUCCUCCUCGGAUGCCGGCCCGGCCACCGGCACCGGCAGCCUCGCAGCAGUUGGCGCCCCAGAAAAGCCUGACGCUGGACUUCACCAAGCCUUCGAAGGCGCCGGCAGCGGCAGCCGCUGCUUCGGUGACGUCGACGUCUUUCUUCUCGUCGGUGACGGCGGGGGGCGAGGGCAGCGUCUCCAAGGGCCCGGGCCAGCUGGUGUCCUCCGGAAAGCCGCCGCUCGCGGCUGGUACCAAACGCAAGCAACAGCAGCAGCAGACGCCCUGCGCGAGCGGCGCGCACUCCGACGUCGCCGCCGCCGCCGCCGGUGGCCGGUGCCACUGCUCGAAGAAGCGCAAGCACCGGGUGAAGUACACCACGCGCGUGCCCGCGGUAAGCUCGCGCACGGCGGACAUCCCCGGCGACGACUACUCGUGGCGCAAGUACGGGCAGAAGCCCAUCAAGGGGUCCCCUUACCCCCGCUGCUACUAUAGGUGCAGCACCGCCAAGGGCUGCCCGGCGCGGAAGCACGUCGAACGCGCCACCGACGACCCCGCCAUGCUCAUCGUCACCUACGAGGGUGACCACCGCCACGACACUUUGCCGCCGGCCGCCGCAAAUUGAAGCUCCCUGGCAGCGACAGCCGACAGGACUGGAUGUGCUCUUGCAUUUGUUCUUUGUACACGGCCUACACAUGCAUGUACACCACUAACUAAAAAAAUUUGAUUUUGGAUUUCAAAUUUAUUUUCUUACAUAUACAUAUGUAUGCAGUAUACUUGCGCGACAAACAUAGUGAAAGCAUCUACA